AUGAAGAGCAAAGGAUCCAUGGACGUCACUCAUCUUCCUCCUCCGCAGUUGCCAUCUCUCUCCGACCUUGAAGCUCGGAUGCAAGUCCUUCGUGUAUCAGCUUUUGAAGAAAGCCAAGGCGAUGACACAUUUGCUCAACGAGCUGAAUGGUUUUACCAGAGAAGACCUCUCCUUCUCUCCCUCUGUCUCGACCUUUACAACGGCUACGUCACUCUCCUGGGUCGUUCUCACCAAACCAAACCCAAUCAGCAGCUUAAACCCACAGCUGAAGAAGACGAAGACUGCAUUUCCGAAAUCGAUUCCGGUAGCGAGAUCAGCUCCGAGAGCACCUUGUCCUUCCAACAGACGCAAGAUCCUGCAGCGGUUUCAGAGAAACUCGACGACCUUGUGUCGCAGCUUGUGACUGCAAACCUGGACAAAGAGAUUCUGCAACACGAGCUACUCCACAAGGAGCAGCAGUUUUGUGAAGCCUCCAAGACUGUUGUCCUGUUGAAGAAGUUCGUCAUGUUGCUGGAGAUGGAGAAGGAAAUGGCAGUGCAGGAAAACGCCAGUCUUGGAUACAAAGUCACUUCUCUCUUGGAGGAGAACAGAGAGCUAGCCACUGAGGCCUUGUUCAUGAAGAACGAAGCUGUUGGGCUCGCUAGGUGUGUGCUUAAGAUGAGAGAUGACCAUUUUCACAAGGUCUGCAUUCUCCAGAACCGUAUCUACACGCUGCAGGCAACUAUGAACUCGGAGCCCGUCUAUGAUAAGGUCUCAGCCGGCUGCUUUGGCCUGGAUAAGUAUAAGACCAAGAAGAAGAAGACGGAGAAGAAAACAGAAGAGAAAACUGGAUUCAAGUGGUUGAAGAAGCUUAACAUGUUCACAAAGUCUAGCCUUAACCCGUCAUCUGCUGCUGCUGCUUCAUCAUGCUGCACUCUCAACUUGCCUAAUUAG